AUGGUUAUUGCAGCAUUUUCACCGGUUAUUUAUAAAGUUUUUAUGGAAAAUUCAAAAGAUAUUUUAUUACCGUUUGAAGCAUGGUUUCCAUACAAUAUCCACGAAUCAUGGACACUUUAUGGCUUUUCUUUAGUAUUCCAAUUAUAUGCAACAUGGAUGUCGUUAAUUAUAGUCAUUUCGUUAAAUACGACAAUGUUCAGUUUGAUGGUAAAAAUUAAUGGAUUAUUACAAUAUUUUGGAAAUACAAUUGUUGAAAAAAUUGAUACCGAAAAGUCGAAUUAUCAUUCGAAGUUUAAAGAAAAUAUGCAUCAGAUAUUUAAUACGUUACAAAUUGGCAAAGAUGUUGAGUUAGUUAAUUCGAGAAUAUAUUCUGGACAUUUUCUGCCUGAAUGGAUUAAUUUAGUUAUAAAUGUAGUUUUAUUAACAUCUCAGGUUAAUAACAUUCAUGCAAAAAUUGCUUCAUUAAAUUGGUACAAUGGAUCGAAAGAAUUUAAACAAAAUUUGUUACUAGCAUUAACGCUUCUAAAUAAAGAAAUUCCAAGUAAAUUAUUUGGUGUUUUUCCAUUACGAUUAUCAUUUUUUAUUCAGAUUCUACGAACAUCAUAUUCAAUGUAUACUGUUUUAGAUCAUUUCACAAAGAAAUAA